AUGUCCAUCGAGGAUUUGGCAACUUACUCCAAGGUUUACUCUGUGCCAAAGCAGCCAUACGAGUCCGCUCGUUUGGACGCUGAAUUGAAGUUGGCUGGUGAGUACGGUCUCAAGAACAAGAGAGAGAUCUACAGAAUUGGUUUCCAGUUGUCUAAGAUCAGAAGAGCCGCUCGUGACCUUUUGACCAGAGAUGACAAGGAUGAGAAGAGAUUGUUCGAGGGUAACGCCUUGAUCAGAAGAUUGGUGAGAGUCGGUGUCUUGCCAGAGGACAAGAUGAAGUUGGAUUACGUCUUGGCCUUGAGACCAGAGGACUUCUUGGAGAGAAGAUUGCAGACCCAGGUUUUCAAGCUCGGUCUUGCCAGAUCUAUCCACCACGCUAGAGUCUUGAUUACCCAGAGACACAUUGCUGUUGGUAAGCAGAUUGUCAACGUCCCAUCCUUCAUGGUGAGAUUGGACUCCCAGAAGCACAUUGACUUCGCUCCUAACUCUCCUUACGGCGGUGGCAGACCUGGUAGAGUGAAGAGAAGAAACCAGAAUAAGAACGCUGAGGGUGCCGAGGAGGAGGAAGAGUAA